AUGAAAAUUAUUAGCAUUACGAAGGACUCUGCAAACAAAGAAGGUGCUACCAUCGUGCUUUUACCAGAGGAUAAAGAGGAUCUAUUCACUGUGCAUCAAAUUAUUGACAAGGAUGAUGAAGUAAUCUUCAAGAAGAAGUUCACCACUAACCUUGAUGAGGCAGGUAAGAAGAAAAGUACCGACCUGGUUAAAUUGAGACUGAAAAUAGUCUCAUCUGAGUUCGAGAUGAGAGAUGAAUAUUUGAGAUAUAAAGGUGUCACUGUUGCCGAUGAUAAUGGAAACUCUAAUGUGGAUAUACCCGUUGGUAAAUUCUUGAGCUUUACGGUUAAUUACAGCUUCCCAUUUACUAUUAUAAAACAAAACUUUGAUAGCUUUAUGGAAAAGACAUUGCAAAAUGCAGCAAAUCCUGAAUCUAGGUCUGAUACUGCAGCUAUUGUUCUUCAAGAAGGUAUCGCACAUGUCUGUUUGUUGACUGCAUCAUCUACCAUACUGAAACAGAAAAUUGAAUAUAGUAUGCCAAAGAAAAAGAGAGCAACAGAUGUUAUGAAAUUUGAUGAAAAGACAGAGAAAUUUUACAAAGCUAUCUAUGAAUCUAUUAAGAAAUAUUACGAUUUUUCGAAAAUCAAGUUGAUCCUGUUAUGUUCACCAGGAUUUUAUGCUAAGACAUUGCUGGAAAAAAUUACCCAAUACGCACAAGAGGAGAGAAAUAAAUCAAUCAUUGAUCAUCAAUCAUUAUUCCUGGUUGCACACUGUUCAACAGGUUAUUUACAAGGUAUUAGUGAAGUUCUCAAAAAUCCACUAUAUUCAACCAAGUUGAGUGAUACGAAAUAUGCUAAAGACGCUGCAAUUAUGGAUGAGUUUAUGGAACACUUGAAUAACGACGAUUUCAAAGCAUGGUACGGUGAAGCAGAAGUAGAAAAAGCAGCGGAAAUGGGUGCCAUAAAAUAUUUAUUAAUUACUGAUACCAUGUUGCAUAAUGAUGAUAUCAAAAAGAGGAAGAAAUUCCUUGCUUUAUAUGAGAACGUCGAAAGUUCCGGUGGUAAAGGUGUGGUUUUCAGUACUUUGCAUUCUCUUGGUGAAGAGCUAGAUAGGAUGACUGGUGUUGCAUGUAUACUAAACUAUCCAUUACCAGAUCUGGACGAAGAUCUUGAGGAUGAAGAAUCUGAGAACGAUAAUGAAUUUGAAAUUUAA